AUGAAACGAGCAGUAGUUUUCGAAGCCUCAAAGCCCUUGAGGCUCACCGAGUAUGCUAUUCCUUCUCCUCCUCCCAAGGGAGCAGUUGUUAAGAUCACAUAUUCAGGCGUAUGUCACUCUGACGUCCACUCGUGGAUAGAGUUUGAUGAUGUAGACGGACCGAAAGAGGAUAUGAAAAAAGCAGGCAUCUCCCCCCUGGAGUUAGCAUUAGGGCCAGAGUUGAAUGUUGGAGACAAUGUAGUGGUCUAUCCCUGGCUGGGAUGCUUAGAAUGCGCCCUGUGCGUCGGCUGGCGUUCCAACCUCUGUCUUAAUCGGAAAGAAACACUGGGGCAUGUGAAACAUGGAGGAUUUGCCACCCACGUGGUGGUUCCUAUCGUAGAGAGGACGGUGCUGAGGAUUCCCCGGGGUCUGUCCCCUGAGGUCGCCUGUAUGCUCCCCUGUAGUGGAAUUACUACGUACAACGCUGUGUUGAACACACGGGAUACUCUGCUCGACAUGGUUGGUUUGAGAGGCAAGGCAAAUCUGCUGGUUAUCGGAGCCGGUGGCUUGGGUCUAUGGUGUGUACAAUUUGCUAAACACAUACUGCCACCAGAGGUCAGUGUGUUCGCGGCCGAUAUUACGGAAGAGAAACUGAAGUUGGCUAAAGACGCCAAUGCUGACGGUACAAUCUUGUGGAGUUUAGGCGCCAAUGAAGAGGCGCUCCUUGCACAUACAAGAGAGAUCAGCGGCGUGGAAAAGAUCGGUUUCGACGCUGUUAUAGAUCUUGUGGGUACAGAUGACACUUCGAAAAGGGCGUACGAGCUGCUGACUUUUGGUGGUCUUCAAGUGACAGUUGGAUUGUUCGUCGGGAAACUUAUUCUGCAACUGCCAAGGCACUGUUUGGAAACCAAAUGUGUGAAGGGUUUGAGGGUUGGGACACCCCAGCAUCUGGAAGAAGUGUUAGAGCUGGUGGCAGAGAAAAAGUUAAAACCUCCACCGAUAGAGUUUUAUUCUCUGGAGCAAAUCACAGACGUACUAAAUCGUCUUAGACGCGGUCAAAUCAAUGGACGGGCUGUACUCAAAAUUUGAAUGACAAUGUAUGCCCAGAGGCGGAUCCAGGAUUAUUAGAAGGGGGCGGUCUUUAGAAAUAAC